UUUCUUAUUACUUUUAAAAUAGCUGAUUAUACGUUUUACAUUUCUCAAAACAUACAGAUUAAUACUGUCAAAGAGUUUUAUAUUAUCCGCUAAAGUUUGGUCUAUUCUUUUCACGCAUUUCAAAUGCAAUUUUGAACGCGCCUUUAAUGUUGAAACAUGGAGGUUAUGUUUACUAAUAAACACUAAAAAAUGAGAUGAAGAGUGAUGAGAGUGUUAUCUGCCUUCGAUAACAGAAAAAUAAGAGCAAAAUGAGAGAGCAUUAGUCAGUGUUCAUACAUGAACUGUAUUCAACAACUUAUCUGUUAAUAUUAGUAAAUUGUUAAGAUCAGAACAGUCAUUGCGGAGGUUAACUAUAUUCUAUAGUAAUUAAAGAAUAGUUCAGUUAAAAGUUUGCUAGUAAUAUUUAGUUUCCUUUACAAAAAACUAAAUUCAGCCGUUAUAAACUAUUUGUGUUUCAUAAUAUUUUAUAAUUGUAUAGAAGAAUUACUUUAUUGUUGAAACAAUGCCGGAUAUUAAAGUUACACCUCUGGGAGCUGGUCAGGAUGUUGGAAGAAGUUGUAUACUAGUUUCAAUGGGUGGAAAGAAUAUUAUGUUAGAUUGUGGUAUGCACAUGGGUUUCAAUGAUGAACGACGCUUCCCAGAUUUUUCAUAUAUAGUUCCAGAAGGUCCAGCAACUAAUUAUAUUGAUUGUGUGAUCAUUUCGCACUUUCAUUUAGAUCAUUGCGGUGCUUUACCAUAUUUUACAGAAAUGGUAGGUUAUACAGGUCCAAUUUAUAUGACACAUCCAACAAAAGCUAUUGCUCCUAUAUUACUUGAAGAUAUGAGAAAAGUUGCAGUGGAACGUAAAGGAGAGAGUAAUUUCUUCACUUCACAAAUGAUAAAAGAUUGUAUGAAAAAAGUUAUAGCUGUUACAUUGCAUCAAUCUGUAAUGGUUGAUUCAGAACUGGAAAUAAAAGCGUAUUAUGCAGGACAUGUGCUGGGUGCUGCAAUGUUUUGGAUUCGUGUUGGUUCACAAUCAAUUGUAUAUACUGGUGACUAUAAUAUGACUCCUGAUAGACAUUUAGGUGCUGCAUGGAUAGAUAAAUGCAGGCCAGACUUAUUGAUAUCAGAAUCAACAUAUGCUACAACUAUUAGAGAUUCCAAAAGAUGUAGGGAAAGAGAUUUCUUAAAAAAAGUUCAUGAAUGUAUAGACAGGGGCGGAAAGGUAUUAAUUCCAGUAUUUGCUCUUGGACGUGCACAAGAACUUUGCAUAUUAUUAGAAACAUAUUGGGAACGAAUGAAUUUAAAAGUUCCUGUAUAUUUUGCUCUAGGUUUGACAGAAAAAGCUAAUAAUUACUAUAAAAUGUUUAUUACUUGGACCAAUCAAAAAAUUAAGAAAACUUUUGUACAGAGAAAUAUGUUUGAUUUCAAACACAUAAAACCAUUUGACAAAGCAUAUAUCGAUAAUCCUGGAGCUAUGGUAGUAUUUGCUACCCCAGGUAUGUUACAUGCAGGACUAUCUUUACAAAUUUUCAAAAAGUGGGCUCCAAAUGAAGCAAAUAUGGUUAUCAUGCCUGGAUUCUGUGUCCAAGGCACUGUCGGUCAUAAAGUUUUGAAUGGUUCCAGAAGAAUUGAAUUUGAAAAUCGACAAAUCGUAGAAGUUAAAAUGGCGGUAGAAUACAUGUCCUUCUCUGCACACGCGGAUGCAAAAGGUAUCAUGCAAUUGAUACAAUAUUGUGAACCUAAAAAUGUUAUGUUGGUACAUGGAGAAUUUGCUAAAAUGGAAUUCCUUAAAGAAAAAAUAAAACAAGAAUUUGGAACCAAUUGUUACAAUCCUGCAAAUGGGGAAACUUGCGUUAUCACAACUAUUUCCAAAGUACCAGUUGAUGCUUCUUUAGCAUUAUUAAAAGCUGAAGCAAAAAGAUAUUCAGCUUUGCCGCCAGAUCCUAAAAGGCGAAGGUUACUUCACAGUAUUUUAAUGUUACGAGAGGAUGGAGCCUGUCUAGUGGAUGCGGACGAGGUGACAAAAGCGGCAGGUAUAACGAAACAUGUAGUACGUUUUACAUCUACUGUUCAAGUUAGGGAUCCUGGUCCAGCACAUUCAACAACCUUAAAAUUAUUGCAACCAUUGAAAGAAAGAUUAUCAGGUUGGACCGUUCAACUAACAGAUGGAUCAAUAUCUGUUGAAUCUGUUUUAGUAAAAGUAGAAGGUGAUGAAGAUGAUCAAAAAAGUGUGUAUGUAUCAUGGACAAAUCAAGAUGAAGAUUUAGGUAGUUACAUUUUAGGAUUUUUACAAACUAUGUUGAAUUAAGUACUUAACUGUUAAACAUUAAACCUCAAAAUAUGCUUAUAACCUGUGAUACUGAUGCAGUGAAUACAUAUUAUUUUUAUAAUAACAAGAAAGUCAGUAACUAAUAAAAAAAAAAUCACAAACCUAAUAUACUAAACAAUAUUAACUUGUCUUCACUCACGUACAAGUUACACAAAAAUAAAUUGUAAAUUUUUUUAAAAAUGUAUAUAUACAAUAAAAUGAUAAUACAUACGUAAUUUUAAUGUUAUUAUUGCUAUAUACAUGUUUAAUGAUCUUUUUGGACCGAUUUUAAUUCUUCACAGUAAAAAAAUAAGUACACUGCAAUAAUAUUUAAAACAUUUUUAUUUUGAUUUAUAGUAAGGAAACAUAUAUGUAUAGGUAUAUCCCUUGCAUUCUUCGUAAGUAAUAUUGCUUAUAUAACACCUGAUAUUUUAUAUGUACCCGUUUUGUAAAACUGUCUUUUUAGGAAUUACACUAUAAAAGAAAAA